AUGUCUGCCGGUUUAGGUGUUACCGCUUUCAUCUUUUUCUUGGGUGCCACGCGUACUAUUCCCCUGGUUGGAUCAUAUACUCCAGUUGCCGUCGUACGAGGUAAUACCUCCUGUCCUGUUGCUGCUGGCCAUUAUCCUGAUACAAUUAUUCGACCUAGGCCAGAAGAUUUCCGUACUGGUUUCGCCAAUGCCGGUCUUGGUCAGAUCCCGCUUACUGCUCUCAACUCGGUCAUUGCCUUGAGUGCUCUUAUUGAUGACUUGUUUCCUGAUCGCCAUGCCGAUACUUCCAGAAUUUCCAUGAGUGUCGGUGCAAUGAACUUGAUCGGUUGCUGGUUUGGCUCUAUGCCUUUCUGCCACGGCUCAGGAGGACUGGCGGGCCAAUAUCGUUUUAUGGUGCACGAUCUGAUUAUUCUGAGCUUAGGCAAAUUGCUCCUAGGUAUCAUUUUCGGUAGCUCUUUGGUCGGCCUACUCCAAGUAUUUCCAAGUUCGAUUCUGCGUUUCAUGCUUUGUAUUUCAGGGAUCGAGCUCGCUUCCGCACCGCGCGCAGUAAACAAUGGCGUACAUGACGAAAUGAAACAAAAGGAAAAGUGGACAACUAUGCUGAUGACCAUGGGAGUCAUUCUCACGUACGGGAACUUUGGCAUUGGAUUUCUUGCUGGUCUUGUGGCAGCGCUUAUUUUGGCUGCUCAACGACUGGGAACACGUGCCUGGUAUCGAUCCUUUAUGCAAGGAAUCAAGGACAUACCCUCCAAAUGGAAGCAUCAAGAUUCUUUCAUGUAUCGACAGCAACCUGCCACCAAGACGACUGAAGUUUCUCAAGAAGUUCCACCAAGUGAGCUAUACAGCCCGACGUUACCAAAGCCAGUAACCAGUACCCAAUCCUCCUCUUCAUCAUCAUCAUCUUCUUCUUGUACAGUACUCCACCUCGUAUCAAAUAUGGUUCAACUACUUAACGUAGAUGGCGGCAACCCUCCGUUACGAGCUCUUAGCUUCAUUCAGUUCUUUCUCAUCCACUAA